AUACUUUUACAUUCAACAACCAGCCACCUCGCCUAGAUUAUAGUCGAAUCGUCAGCAUUCAAGCAAAACAAAGAGAAAAAGGGCGAAUUUAUCAGCAUGGGAAAGACAAAUAGCAAGUUGUCAGCCGAGAUACUCACAGAAUUGCAGAGCUCGACGAAAUUUGAGCGAAAGGAAAUACAGCAGUGGCAUAAGGGCUUUAUGAAGGACUGUCCGACUGGAGAGCUAAACAGGACAGAUUUUAAGGGCAUAUACAAACAGUUCUUCCCGUUUGGCGACCCGUCGCGAUUCGCAGAUUACAUAUUCGAUGUGUUUGACCGCAACCACAACGGUACGAUAGAUUUUACAGAAUUCUUGCAGGCCCUGUCGAUCACAUCGCGGGGCUCUCCCGAAGAAAAGCUCAAGUGGGCGUUUGAGCUGUACGACAUUGACGGCGACGGGUGCAUCACGAAGGAUGAGAUGCUGAAAAUUGUCGAUGCAAUAUACCGUAUGGUUGGGAGCAUGGUGCAGUUGCCCGAGGACGAGGAUACGCCGGAGAAGCGUGUCGAUAAGAUCUUCCAUCUGAUGGACAAGAACAAUGAUGGCAAGAUCGAUAUGGCUGGUUUUGAGGAAGGGUCGCAUCAGGAUCCGCUGAUCAUGCAAGCCCUGAAUCUGUACGACGGAUUGGUCUGACUGCAACCUUGUUGCCUUCUUCUUUUAAAAGUAGCAGACAUUAUAAUGCUAUUGUUUUUCAUUCGUCAAACACCACAUAAAAAGGCAGCAAUUCGAUGGGGGGGGAAUGUCAUGUGGCUAUAAAUUGUCAAUGCCAAAGGCAUAUGGCAGAGCCGAAUAAAAUGUACAUA